UUCCACUCCAGUUACAAUUAUGUUUUAGUAAGUGUCGGACGUGUUGCGAAACAGUGUAAAAUUGUUUACCUUUGGCCCUCAGUUAUAAACAUCUAAAUUUUAUAUUGUGUUAUAAUUGUGCUCGCUUGUACCCUUGACCUUCGAUCUCAGAAACCUUCAACCAGUCUAUUAUUUCCAGGAAAUAAAGGUGCAAUGUCUCCAAAUACCGAUCAAAGACAAGUUAGUUUCCCACACUUAAAGUAUCCAAUUUAUAGAGACAAAGAUCCAAGAACUGCAUACCAAUGGUUGAAAGGAAAACACCAACUAGACGGUGCGGAAGGUCUGUGGAGGAUACACGAUUCACUUUACGAUUUGACUGAUUUUAUUACGUCGCAUCCUGGCGGCCCUCAAUGGCUAAGUAUUACUAAAGGGACAGACAUAACUGAGGCUUUCGAAACACACCACCUUCUUGGUGUCGCAGAAACUUUAUUGCCCAAAUAUUUUGUGAGAAACGUUAACACGCCCAGAAAUUCUCCCUUCACAUUCAAAGAAGACGGUUUCUAUAAGACUUUGAAGAGUAAAAUUCAAAAGAAAUAUCAAGAAUUACCAAAAUAUUUGCGAAAAAAGAGUGAUUUUGCUACUGAUUUCUUAUUGAUUUCACUUCUGGUUUCAAGUCUUGCAUGUAGUUAUUUAUUUAAAACUGAUUUCCUACUAGGAGGAAUCGCAACAGUUGUCACUGGGUAUAUACUGAGCGCACUUACAACUGCAGCACAUAAUUAUUUUCAUCGUGCUGAUAAUUGGCGAAUGUAUUACUUCAAUCUCAGCGGCAUGUCAUACGAAGACUGGAGGAUAUCGCACUCUUUGUCGCAUCAUUUACAUACAAACACAGUAAACGAUUUGGAGCUGAGCAUGUUGGAGCCAUUCCUACAAUAUAUGCCUGCUAAGGAUAAACCUAUAUGGGCUCAAAUGGCUUCUUUUUAUUACCCUAUUAUAUUUGCUUUCGCUACUACUGGAAUGUUUGUAAAAGAAUUAUUUACAGGGGCGAUAAACAUGGAUGGUAAAAAGUUAAGUUGGGCAAAUGCGAUACAAUUUUUCCUGCCAAUUUGGAUGUGGAGUUUCGGUGGAUUGUCUUUACCGUAUACAUUAAUAUUAUGGUUCACGAUUACUAUAAUUUCAAGCAUUUUCUUCAUGUGUUUCGGUUUAACGGCUGGCCAUCAUUCGCACAAUAAUUUCUUCGAUGGGGACGUACCGAGAGACGAAUACUACGAUUGGGGCAUUCAUCAGUUAGACACAGUUUACGAGAGAGUGGACGAAACUGACAACCAUUUCAAGUCACUAACUCGAUUCGGAUUUCAUACACUUCAUCAUUUAUUCCCAACCAUAGAUCACGCUGAAUUGCAAUAUCUUUACCCGAUCUUUCUCGACCAUUGUGAUAAAUAUGAUGUUAAAUUUAGAACAGCUAAUUAUAUGAAGUCGUUUAUUGAUCAUAGUAAGCAGUUGAUUAGGAAACGGCCGAAUUAUUUUAGAUAAAGUGCAAGUAAUCAAUAUUUAUACGGAAUUAAAAUCUACAUAUUUUAUUCUUUAACGCUAAUAUUUCUCUGAAAUGGAAGAUUGUGAUGGAUAUUUUUGUAUUUACUCAAUUAACUGUGAUUUUUUAAGAUUAAAAAAAUAAUAAACAUUA